GAGCUGAGGAUAAAGACAAAAACCUCUCAGACCUCAGUCUUCCUGCUGCUGCUGCACCAUUUCAGCAGAGAGGCCCUCACUCACCUCAUCUCUGACCAAAUUCCAAAGCUUCUUCCUUUAUUUCAAAAUCAACCCAUCUUCAUGUUUUUCUCUCUCUUUUUAAUGGUGUCAAAAUCUUGAAAAGCCUCUGUAGUCCAAAGUUCUCAUUUUUUUUGGUUAUGUUGGUAGAAAGUUAGCAUUUUUAGCAGUUCUUGGUUUGUGGGGUUUUGAAUAAAACUCUGUAUUCCCAAGUUCUUGUUUUUAUUUUCUUAUGUUGGUAAAAAGUUUGCAUUUUUAGCAGUUCUUGAUUUGUGGGGUUUCGAAUAAACUUUGUAUUCUCAAGUUUUUUUUUUUCUUAUGUUGGUAAAAAAUUUGCAUUUUUAACAGUUUUUGGUUUGUGGGGUAUUGAAAAAACUCUGUAUUCCCAAGUCCUUGUUUGUUUUUUUUUCUUAUGCUGGUACAAAGUUUGUAUUUUUAGCAGUUUUUAGUUUGUGGGGGGUUUUGGAUAAACUCUGUAUUCUCAAGUUCUUGUUGUUUUUUUCUUAUGUUUGUGAAAACUUUGCAUUUUUAGCAGUUCUUGAUUUGUGGGGUUUUGAAGAAAAAAAUGGCAGAAGAAGAGAGUUGGGGUUGGCCACCAUCACCCACUGGUUCACCAAUGUACUUAACAAAAGAUGAUCAUUGGACUCAUUUUGAUAACUCUGUUAAUGCUGUUUCUUUUGGUUUUGUUGCCACUGCUAUUCUCAUAUCUAUGUUCCUUAUCAUGGCUAUCUUUGAGAGGUUCCUCAGACCACCUUCUCCGCCGGAAUUGACUCCCUCCGUUGGCCACCGCCGGCAUGCAGACAUUGAGUCUCAGUUAGGGUUCAACCACAAACUUGGCUAUCCUACACCCAAAGUAUCUACCAAUGCCAGAGAAGUUUCAGUCUUGAUGCCCGGAAAUGACAUUCCAACUUUUAUUGCUCAUCCUGCUCCUGUACCUUGUCAACCGGAACGCAAUCCAUGGCCUUCCCAUCGGCAGAAUCCUAUACCCAGUGUCAUAAUUUCCAACUCAAACGUGUCAUCCUAG